AUGGCUGAAGAUGAACUCGAGUUUCGGGAGGCUUACUUUGGCCAGCCUUGUUUUCUGCUUGGGACACCGAUAACUGAUGAUGGUACUCCGGUGCAAGUCAUAAGCGGAAGAAUCUCCUCUAAAUUGAAGCGCAGUUUUUCCGCUAUUGGCCAUUCGCUGCAUGGGCACGGAUCUGCGCAUCCUGGUGCAUCAGGUGGCCCAGUUUUCGCGCGCCAACUUUCGUUUGGAAAGUUAACACUUCCAAGGCAUAGUUGUUGGCGGUGA